AUGUCAACAGCAAAGUUUUCUGAAUGUCAUUAUGCACUCGUCAAAGGAAAGAAUGAAAUGCUUUAUUUAAUAAAAUCUGAUGAUUUGAUUACUCAUCGAAAGAAAAAUCAACUAAAGACAGGUGAUGAUAUAUCUUGGGGUGGUAAAAGUCGCAGUGAACGAGGUCAUGGUAAAAUAGUCGCUCUUGGUACAAAAGAACAAUGUGAAGCAACAAAAACAGUAAUUGAACAGUCUUUAUUAACCAAAGAAUCAUCAUCAAAUAAAUCUAUAACAAAUAAAUCGUCAUCAUCAACUGAUUCUUCAUCAGCAAAUAAAUGUUUAUCAACAAUUGAAUCGUCACCAAAAAGUCAAUCAUUAUCAAAAAGCAAAUUUUUAUCCAAAGAUAAAUCAUUUUUAACAACUAAAUUUAAAUCAACAAAUAAAUCAGCACCAAUAGGUAAAUCAUCUUCAAAAAUUAAAUCUUUUUCAAACAUUGAAUCUACGUCAACAAAAAAAUCUUUAUCAACAAGUAAAUCUUCAACAACUGAAUCUUCAUCAACAGAUGAUGAAACCUCAAAUGUUGUCUUAAGAGGUAUUGCAACACCAACAGCUUCACGGGCAAUUUAUUCGCAAUGUACCACAACAUCUACUACAAUUGCACAUUUAUCUCCUUCGAAUGUUUCAAAAGAUGUUGGUAGUUUGCACAACUCAAGUGAUUCUACAUCUUCAAUUGACACAAUUUCAGAAUCUAGAUUAAUAAUUGAUGAAGGUAUACGUGAUGACGAUAAUGGAUCAACAACAAAUACAAAAGAUGCUUCUUCCACAUCGAAAAAUGAUCAAUCAUUUUGCUCGACUAAACGCUCAAUUGAUGAAAAUGAAGAAUCAGAAGCACAAGCACGAAAGCACAUCAAACUAUAUCCUGCACCAUCAAAAAAAAAGACUUCUGUAUCUGCAGCAGAAUAUGAAGCAACGAAUAAGAGAAAUGAGAAAUUAAAAGCACAAGUUGAACUUUUUAAGAGUACUUGGAUGCCGAGACCAACAGAUCCAAAAACAAUCAAAUUUUUCAUUGAAGUUGGUCGUUUGUUAGCCGGUGAAGAUACUGACGAAAAUGAAGAUCCAGAAGGAACAAGUCUAUCUGACCUGUAAUGUUCUAUAAUACGUACAUUAUUAGGUCAACAAUUAGCAAUUAAAGUGAAUAGCUUGAAUGAAGAAACUGAUCGGGAUAUGCCAAAUAUUGACACGGAUGUACGAGAAAUUGAUGCAGAUGUGGUGGAAACUGAAACAGUUGAUUCAAAUUUUGAAAUUGAUUUUGGGCCCGAUAGGAAUACCGAUGAUCAAACUCGUAUGUCAUUACCAACCGGUUCGUGGAGAUCAAUGCUUGAUAAUGCUAUAAAUGAAAUCGAGAAGUUAUCUGACAAAAAAGGUAGUCGAAUGGAAGCUAUUGAUAUAGCUGCUGCACUAAUCAUUCUCAAAUCUCGGCAUCGGUUAUCAAAUAAAUGUUUGUCAGAUAUUCUGAAUCUUUUACAUAUUCUUGGUGUACCGAAUGUUCCAACUAGUUGGUGGAAAUGCAAAAAAUUGAUUCGUAAUCAAUCUACUGACGGUCAUAGUGCAAAGAAACGAUCCAUUUGUCCAUCCUGCAAAAAUAUGUCUGAAGAAGUCAGGUGUUGUAAUCAAUGUAAUAUCAAUUAUGAUAAAAUUGUACCUGCACCAUCCAUUCCAAUAUUUUAUCACUUUGAUAUUGACUUGCAGUUAGAAUCAAUACUUUUGCAUACGUCAGAUCUAGUGUUUCAAGAUCUUUCGAAACCGCCUUUAGACUUCAUGCAUGAUAUUGUUGAUGGUUCGUUUUAUAAAAAUCGUUUGAAGCAAGAAACUGAUCUUUUCGUCACAUUAACAAUGAACAUUGAUGGCGUACAGCCAAAUAAAGGUUCUGAUAAUUCAAUAUGGCCAGUGCUAUUGGUUGUCAAUGAAAUUCGACGCAAAAAAAGAUAUUGUCUUGAGAAUAUCAUUCUUGCUGGCGUUUGGCCAGGGCCAAAGAAACCAUCACGCGAUGUUAUGGCCAUUUUUUUAAGAGGUAUGAAUUCGCUUGUUUUUCCUAAAACAGCAUCUCUUUUUUUAGGAGAAAUGCCUUUCCAAGAUUUUGCUGCUCUUUUCCCCUUGGGAC